GUGUGUGGUGGGGGGAGGAGGGGAGGAGUGCCCCUCCCGGACGAGAGACGACUCUCUCAACCGCCUGUGAGGCUCGUGAAACAGCCCCUCCUCUCCACCUCCCCGGUCCUCCCGUUCCCUCCCUUUAAUGCCCAAGUUUUCCGGUAAAAAGUGACAUAAGUCCAUCGUAACGGUUUCCCGCUCUCUCCCUCCCUCUCCCCCCCCCUCUCUCUCUCUCACUCACUCACUCCUCCUCACUCACUCACUCCUCCUCUCUCCGGGAAGGAGGCGAUCUCCCGAGCAGCGAUGGAUAACAAACCGCUCUUAUCGGAAAGGCCGCCGGCCUACGCCGCCCUGCCAGCGGGUUACGAGUACGGUCAGACCUACGGGACGAUCACGCCGCCCGGUUACCAGCCGCCUCCGCCGCCUUACUACACGCAACCAGGUUACAAUCCUCCUCCUCUUCCACCAUUGGGGCUUCAGCAGCCCACUUGCCCAGUGCCAGCCUUUCCCAAUACUUACAUCAUCACUCAGCAGCCCACUCCCGCCUCAGUCGUGGUAGUAGGCGGAUGUCCAGCAUGCAGGGUUGGAGUUUUGGAAGAUGACUUUACAUGCCUGGGCGUGCUGUGUGCAAUAUUAUUCUUCCCCAUCGGAAUCCUCUUUUGCUUGGCACUACGACAGCGGAGAUGCCCAAACUGUGGUGCCACCUUUGGUUAAAGGGAACAAAGUGACUAGGCUACCUGUGGCCAAUUUUUCCUCUUUUACUGUAAAUUCUGUAUUAUGUUUAAAACCACUGCCCAUUACUUCAUUCUGUAUGAUUUAACUCUAUACCAACUGAGAUGUUUAAUAAAGAUAACAGCAUGACUGUUUACAUUUUUGUUCCAUGUUCCAAUAGGAACAUGUGCAGGUGAAAAAAUUGACUUCCUUGAUUCUUCAAGCAGUUCAGUGAAACAUAGGUGGUUUGGAUGCACUGCAAAUUCUGGAUUUCAACAAAAAAGACUUAUUUACGGGAGCUCAUUUUGUGCUGUAUUAUGUACUGCAUAAUUUGCUUGAAAAUGAUCUAUUUGUUGCAAAGGGGCUUUAAUUAAUUAUGCAUAAAAUAUUUGUUUGAUGUCAGACUAAAGUGGUAUUAAAAAAAAUCUUGCUUGAACCACCUAUAGUUAGUUUAAAGAUCUUGAUAAUGUCUACAGCUCUCUUGCAUGUAAAAUUUAAGUGUCUGGCCUCUUUGGAGUGUAUCAAUGUAAACUGCUGUGGUUUCUCAGUCUUCCUUGCUUUCUCUUUGGAAGGUGAUGGUCCUCUGACUCGGGUGACAUACUAAAGAAUGUUUCACCAACACUGUUGCAUAUGUUUAGCAUUGCUUUUCUUGCUUGGAGUGGGUGGCAAUCAAUGAGCUGGUGGAGAGUGGGAGAUCCAUUGAGGUCAGGGUGAUGGAAGCAGAGUUAUAUAAAGAUACAUGGAGUUACUAAAUGAUGAUCAGUCCACAACAUUUUUUUUGCACACAUUCCAUUUUCUGCACUGAACUUGGAAGGUAUGUGGGAAGACAAUUGCACACAAGUGUUGUGAACCAGCCAACUAAAACUGCAGGCUAUAGUGAGCUCUGAGACAGCCUUCAGAGGUCCACACACCCGUAUAGUGACCAAUUCAUGAAAUGUGGUCAGCAAUGAAUACAGAUUUAAAAAUUUUAUUUGAAAGAUAGCUUUUUCUCCUUGACCACAAAGCAUACGUUUAACUUUUUGUACAAAGAACUUCAAGCUUGCUGUAGAGAAUUAUUAUAACUUGGGUGGAAGUGCUAUAUUUUGAAAUGUUUAUCUGCAUUGCUAUUGGCCAAUUUUCCUUUUUGUCUAAACUAUCAAAUUGUACUUUCUAUGCAUUGAGUAAUUGGGUAUGAGAACAAAUGUAUAUUUCUGACUUACACUUGAUUUGAAAACUUGGCUUUUUAAAUGUACUGAGUGGAGUGCUUUACCUGGACGCCAUAUUUCAUGUGUAAUAUUGACCAUGUGAAUGGCUUCUUUGGUAUUUAACUGCAGUUUGUCUGGCAGUGGCCAAAACACUGUUGAAUUCCCCUUUUAUAGCAUUUACAAAUAAAAUUGAAAAGCUA